GUGGCAGCGUGAUCAUGGCGUCAAUCCCAAGGCCACGAACAAAUUUCUGUUCACGUUUCUUCCGCCUCGUAUCUGCGACCAUCAAUGAUCGCCAUUCCUCGCUCUGGCUCUCAGGCACUGAAAGCAGCUGCAUCUCUCCAGCAUCUGCGUCGUAAUGUUUCCUUAGCCGCCAUUUCCGCGUCCUCCAUAGCACCCGCACUUAGCCAGCUGACAGCACACAGGAACACGCGCUGGCCGAAAUGCCUCCUUCCCCAUAGCCGCCUCGCCAGCAGCUGUCCGGUUUAUCUCUUUUCCCGCUCUCAACCUCCAUAUUCUCCUCCGUCAAAGCUCUCUCCGCAUCUCCCGCCGCUUUCAUCAGCACCUGACGAUAGGAUCUUGCGCAUUGGCGUUCGACCUGCUCGCUGUGCCAGCAUGGGGUAUGGCCACAGCAACGCCGGAAAUCCGGAGAAGCCGGCAGGUGCAGGACCGUCGGAUCUAAGCCCGGAAAAGAGGGAGGGGGGCACGAGGAGGAGGGAGCGGACGAGGGGGGGGAAGGGGACGAUGCGGGGUGGAGAGGAAGAGGGAGGCGAGAGGGGCAAGGGAGGGGAUUCUAGGCGAGUUAAGGAGAGGGUGACUAGAGAUAGAGGCAACAAUGGGGCAAAUGGGGGGAAGGGGGAACGCAGGGAGCGUGGGGAGCGCAGGGGGGGAGGCGGAGGUGUGGGGGGAGAAGAGGGAGCCGCAUUGAUGAUUCCGGAGUUCUUGGCUGUUGGGGGGGGAGCAGGCGCACGGGGGAAAGAGGGUCUGUCGCUCCGUGUGGUCUCCUACAAUGUUCUGGCUCAGGCAUGUUAAGCUGUGACUGGCUCUUGCAUGCGAUGCUGUGUCAUGCGAAGGCAAGCACUGAGAUAUGCCUGUCACUGAGGCAUAUCUUUGAGGCGCCUCAAAGAUAUGCCUGUCACUCCGCGUGGUCUCCUACAAUGUUCUGGCUCAGGCACAUGAUUUUUGAGUCGACUCAAAAAUCUCCUGCAGGCCUGUCACUCCGCAUGCUCUCCUACAAUGUUCUGGCUCAGGCAGGUUUCGCUGCCCUGUGACAUUGCUUGUUGCAAAUUAUCCUCCGUUCAGUGUGUACUUGCUUUCAGUGUACAAUUGAACAUUACUCUUGUGUACUUUCUUUCAGUAUCCUCGUUAACAGCAUUCCUGUCAGGUACGCCAGCCAUGGCUGGCUGACGCACGUAUGGAUCAUUCACUUCAUCUCUUGCCUGCGCCACCAUGCGAAGCUCUCUUCCUUGCUACUUGCAACACAGACUCACUGUGUCUCUCUGAGCAUGCGCAUGUGCAUGUGCAUGUGUAUUUAUUUCUGUGACCAUGUGCGCAUGUGAUAUCCAUGUCUGUCUGUGUGAGUAUCUCUCAGGCAUACGUCAAGAGUGAGCUAUUCCCCCACUCACCACCGCAGUGCCUCAGGCAGAGGAACCGCUUCAAGGCGCUUCUGACUGUGCUGCCAGCUCUCUCUGCUGACUUCCUCUGCGUGCAGGAGAUGGACGAAUACGAGGCGGUGUAUCGCCAGCCCAUGGCAGCGGCAGGCUGGGAGAGCGUGUACAUGAAGCGGCCUGGCAAAAAGAGGGAUGGGAGCGGCAUAUUCUACCGAUCCAGCAGAUUUCGCCUGCUGCGCUCGCAGCCGAUCAGUUUCAACAACCUGAUUCCUCCAAUCCAGCAGCCCCGAGAUGUCACAGCAGCCUUUUCAGCACCCAGUCCCCACUCGUCUGAAGAAUCCGCCCGCACCACCACCAGUCCUCCCGACUCGUCUGAAUCCCGUGACCUGUGCGACCCCCAUGUCCGGUUCAAGCGCGACUGUGUCGCCAUUGUGGCCGCGUUUCAGGAGAGGAUGGGAGAAGUGGCAGAGGAUGGGGAGAGCGAGGCGGGAGGGGGGGAGGUUAGAGAAGGGACGGGAGGGAGUGGAGGUGGGGGUCAGAGUGAGAAGGAGAGAGAAGGGGAGGGAGGGAGUGGAGGGGAUGUAGGGCAACAGAGACCGGGGCGAGUGGUGGUGGUGGCUUCCUCUCACAUCUUCUGGGACCCCCAAUGUGCUGAUGUGAAGCUGGCUCAAGCACAGUACCUGCUGCAGCAGGUGGCACACUUCCGAACCUCCUUAGCAUCGACAUUGACGCACAGCCACUCGUGUACAGUCACAAGCACAGGGGUCAUCACACCAAUCACCAUCAUCUGCGGCGAUUUCAACUCCCUCCCUGGCGACCCUGUCUACAAGUACUUGACGUCAGGAGCAGCAACACCAUUAGAAACAGCAGCAGGAAGAGCACCAGAAGCCGCAACACCAUUAGAAACAGCAGCAGGAAGAGCACCAGAAGCCGCAACACCAUUAGAAACAGCAGCAGCAGUGGGAAGAGCACCAGAAGCCGCAACACCAUUAGAAACAGCAGCAGCAGUGGGAAGAGCACCAGAGGCCGCAACACCAUUAGAAACAGCAGCAGCAGUGGGAAGAGCACCAGAGGCCGCAACACCAUCAGCUGCUUCCCCCACGGCACCCAUACCACUGGCAAGCCUUCAUGCCACAGCUGGCAGCCUCCUAUUGGCUGCUGAAUCAGGUGAUGAUGGAGUUGGAGCAGGAGGGACUGGGGGGGCAGCAGCAGUACCAGAGGCACAGACACUGCCAACCAACGGCGGGGAACAAGUGACUGGUGAUCUGGGCUAUAAUGCCUUGAACAGAGAACAGGUGACUGAGAGACAGGUUGGGCAAGAGCCGGAGCUAUCAACAUUCAACCCACCCUUUUGUGGAACGAUUGACUAUGUCCUUAUAUCGAAGGACGCAGGGUCAUUUUCAGUGGAGUCUACUCUUUGGCUCCCUAGCAGGUCGGACUCUAGGCUUGGCAAGGGGCUUCCGAAUUUGUAUUUCCCCAGCGAUCAUCUCCCUGUAGGCGGUGACAUCUGGUUUGCGUAACAAUGGAAACCUGCAGCCCAAAUUGCAAGCCGUGCAGGUCUCAAACACUGCAUUUGAAACCCGAUGAACAGAGCAGAGCAGAGUAAUCAGGCUCCAGUCGGGGACUUCCCCCUUUCACGGGACAUGUAGCCAUUAAGCGUUAGGGUGGGCAGCAGCGGAGAGGAAAAACUUUAGCAAAAGAGUGACAGUUUAAAAAGAUACCCCUGUUCAAAAACCGAGA